AUGAGGGUCAUCUCCGGCGCCGUCCUCGUGCCCUGCCUCCUGCUGCUGCUGCACCUGGCCCCACGCACGCAUGGCCUCGCCCCCCAACCCAGAGGGCACCUCUGCCGGACCCGGCCCACGGACCUGGUGUUCGUUGUCGAUAGCUCGCGCAGCGUAAGGCCCGUGGAGUUUGAGAAGGUGAAGGUGUUCCUGUCCCAGGUCAUCGAGUCGCUGAACGUGGGGCCCAAUGCCACCCGAGUGGGCGUGGUCAACUAUGCCAGCUCCGUGAAGCAGGAGUUCCCGCUGCGCGCCCACCUGUCCAAGGCCGCGCUGCUCCAGGCCGUGGGCCGCAUCCGGCCGCUGUCCACGGGCACCAUGACCGGCCUGGCCAUCCAGUUCGCCAUCACCCAGGCCCUGAGUGAUGCCGAGGGCGGUCGCGCCAAGUCCCCGGGCAUCAGCAAGGUGGUCAUCGUGGUGACGGACGGGAGGCCCCAGGACAGCGUGCGGGACGUGUCUGCGCGAGCCCGGGCCAGCGGCGUCGAGCUUUUCGCCAUUGGCGUGGGCCGCGUGGACAAGGCCACGCUGCGCCAGAUCGCCAGCGAGCCGCAGGAGGAGCACGUGGACUACGUGGAGAGCUACAACGUCAUCGAGAAGCUGUCCAAGAAGUUCCAGGAGGCCUUCUGCUUGGUGUCAGACCUGUGCGCCACGGGAGACCAUGACUGUGAGCAGGUGUGCGUCAGCUCCCCGGGCUCCUACACCUGCGCCUGCCGCGAGGGCUUCACCCUGAACAGCGACGGCAAGACCUGCAAUGUCUGCAGUGGCGGCGGAAGCAGUUCGGCCAUUGACCUGGUCUUCCUCAUCGAUGGGUCCAAGAGUGUGCGGCCGGAGAAUUUCGAGCUGGUGAAGAAGUUCAUCAACCAGAUCGUGGACACGCUGGACGUGUCAGACAAGCUGGCCCAGGUGGGGCUGGUGCAGUACUCGAGCUCCGUGCGCCAGGAGUUCCCGCUGGGCCGCUACCGCACCAAGAAGGACAUCAAGGCAGCCGUGCGCAACAUGUCCUACAUGGAAAAGGGCACCAUGACCGGGGCCGCCCUCAAGUACCUCAUCGACAACUCCUUCACUGUGUCCAGUGGCGCCAGGCCCGGGGCCCAGAAGGUGGGCAUCGUCUUCACCGAUGGCCGGAGCCAGGACUACAUCAACGAUGCCGCCAAGAAGGCCAAGGACCUUGGCUUUAAGAUGUUUGCCGUGGGCGUGGGCAACGCCGUGGAGGACGAGCUGAGGGAGAUCGCCUCGGAGCCCGUGGCGGAGCACUACUUCUACACGGCGGACUUCAGGACCAUCAGCCAGAUUGGCAUGAAGCUGCAGAAGAAGAUCUGCGUGGAGGAAGAUCCCUGCGAAUGUGAGUCCAUUGUGAAAUUCCAGGCCAAAGUGGAGGGGCUGCUGCAGGCCUUGACCAGGAAACUGGAAGCUGUGAGUAAGCGGCUGGCCAUCAUGGAGAACAGGAUCGUCUAAGGCCCUUGUCCCUGCUGUGGCUUCUCCAUCUUCCCGCCCCGACUCGGCCCACAGAGUCCGGGGUGUCCCCUAGAGCCCCGAGUUUAGUCUAGCUUUGUCACUUAGCGAGGGGAUUUGGGAGGGGGGAUGGCAGCAGGCCUCUCCCUCGUCCACCAGCCUUGGAGCCCUGCCAGGGGGUGUGUGUGUGAGUGGGAGUGCUGGAGCGCAGGAGUUUGGGGCGUGCGUGCGUGCGUGUG